AUGACCUAUUUCAUGACUGGCGAUCAACCUAUUCCCGAAGCCGCUCAGUCACGAAUUGAUGCGAACGAUGGCGAAGUAUGCGACAACCUGUACUAUCUCGGCAAAAAGGGUACUUUGACGACCGCAAACGGAUUAAAGAUUGCCUGGCUUUCGGGUGUUCCAGACAACAACGGCUUUACAGACGAAGACGUUCAAGCGCUUAAAAUGACCAAAAUGCCCAUCACAGCGCCCGCAGGCGUCGAUAUUCUAAUGACACACCUGUGGCCAAGUGGCAUCGAAAAUGGUAGCAAGGCAAUUCAAGCCGCACCAGCGAAUGGAUCGGUGACCAUGGCGCAGCUUGCGGCUGCAUUAAAGCCGCGCUAUUAUUUCGCCGCGGCUGAAGGGGCCUUUUGUGAACGUGAACCCUACAAGAAUGUCACUGGCUUUGGUCCUCCCGACGAACGAGCCGUGGACCAUGUUACACGCUUCAUUGGUUUGGGAAACUUUCUGAAUGACACAAAACAAAGAUGGUUUUAUGCCUUCAAUAUGGAACCUCUAAUUAAAUCACCAGAAGCCUUGACAGCAUCGUUUCCUACCACUACUGAAUGUCCAUUUACAAAAGAGGCUAUUGCGGCUGGAAAGAAGCGUCCACAUCCCGAAGAAGAUGACUCAGGCAGCUUCUUUUGGGGCGGUCAGCAAAAUCCAAAGCGUCAAGUGGAAUCAUGCUGGUUCUGCUUGGCCAAUCCUAAACUGGAAAAGCAUCUCAUUGUCUCGAUCGGCAGCGAGCUUUAUGCGACCCUUGCAAAGGGGCCUCUUGUGUCGUCUCAAGACAAGAGCGGCGUCCCCGGUGGCGGCCACAUCAUUUUAGUGCCUGUGACGCAUUACACCACGUUCAACAAGGUUCCAGCAGAAACACAUGCACAAUUGACUGGGGAGAUCGAAAAAUACAAGAAUGCCUUACGGGCAAUGUUUGCAGAAUAUGGCCAGGACAUGCUUGUUUUUGAAUUAUCGCGCCAAUCCUUCAUGGGUCAUGCCCAUAUGCAAAUUGUACCGGUACCCAAGGACAAGUCAGACUCGAUUGAGGCUACUGCCCGUCAGGCUGCCAAACAAGAAGGAUUUGAGCUGACGGAUCAAGUGCCUACUGGCCCUGAUGUCAAUUUCUUCAAGCUGGAGCUUCCGAACGGCAAGUCGCUUGUCCACGUUCUUCAGCCUCGAGAGCGCUUCAAUCUACAGUUCGGCAGAUUGAUUGCAGCCAAGGUUCUCGGACAUCCAGAACGAGAAGACUGGAAGACAUGCAAGCAAACGACUGAUGAGGAGAAGAACGAUACGAGCGCCUUCAAGGACGCAUUCAAAAAGUAUGAUCCUACUGUAUAA